AUGACUACUGACGAAUUACGAAGUAAAGAGAACCAUUCCACCAGGGAGAAGCAGACGUUUCAGCUGAGCAGAGCUAUUUUCACUACCAUCUACUUCUCACUCUUGUUGACCCUAUCUGCCUGGGCGAUCGCUAUAUGGUUUGUAUCUACAUCACAAGUUGAUGCCUCGCUAUUAUCCCGUCUUACAGGCCAACAGCUAACAGAUCUGGCUCAAAAGAACGGCGUCAAUCUGGUCAUUCCAGCAAACCCUAUUGGGGUAGUAUCAGAUCUCACAAAUAAGGAGAUACACCGUGAGUUGAUAUCCUACGGCACCCCCAUCGAUACCUUGAACAUCUCCAAAAGUGUUCAGAUGUUCAUACCAUCAGCUGUUACGCUGUACGAAGUGGGUGCAUGUUCCUCUACCCCAGCUGCUCCUACUUGUACUACCCCCCAACUCGAUGCUAUCACUUGCCCUGGUGCUAACGAGGAAGGGAGGUUCCCUGCCAGAGGGGUGGCAGGUCAUGUAAAUGAGGAGGUGGACGCUGAUCGUACCAUACUAGACCCACCUGCCUCCCCUACAGCUAGUGAUGGCUGUGUACCUCACUCUAACAGAGCCUACCAUCACUUGCCUUAG